AUGUCUACACCAAGUGUCAGAUAUAAGUACAUUGAAGAAGUCGAGGUACUUGAAGAUUAUCGACCUAGAGGCUACCAUCCUAUUCAGAUUAACGAUACUCUGCAUCAUGACCGUUACCAGAUAGUGCAUAAACUUGGACAUGGUACAUUUUCAACCGCCUGGCUUGCCCUCGACCGAAAUUCAUCCACCUACGUUGCAGUGAAGGAUGGAACUUCAGACGCAGAUAAAGAUGAAGUCGAUAUUCUCUCGAAGCUCGCAAUGGCGGAUACAGACGAAACAAUGAUCCCGCAAGUUCUUGACAGUUUCAUUGUCAAAGGGCCCAACGGAUCACACCUGUGUCUCGUCACGACACCUGCACGAUGUAGCCUCAUAGAUACAAAAGAUGCGUCUGACUCAGGUCUCUUCCAACUAGACGUGGCCCGUUCUCUGGCUUUUCAAGUUAUAAAAGCUGUGGCCCAUGUUCACUCGCGCGGCUAUGCCCAUGGAGAUCUCCACUUGAGCAACCUAUUACUACGACUUCCAGCCUCGCUCAACAACUUGUCGAUCGACCAGCUGUAUGCAAAGUUCGGUGCUCCGAUACUAGAGCCAAUUGUUCGUCUAGACGGGUCUGUUGAACCAUUACCACCUGGCGUGCCUUCUCAUGCUGUUCUCCCUGUCUGGCUUGGCUUACCGAGUGAUGAAAUCUCCCUGUGCGAUGCCAAACUCUUACUGAGUGACUUUGGCGUCGCCUUCCGGCCAGCAGACAAGACAAAAUGCGAGUCCAAUGCACCCCUUGUUGUCCGCCCUUCCGAGUCUUAUUUCGAGCCAACAAAGCCUCUCACCUUCGAAUCAGACAUAUGGAGCCUCAGCUGUCUGAUAUUUGAGUUGUUUGCCCAUCGCUCCCUCAUCGACGGCAUCAUCGCUCCCCAGGACGACAUCACUGCGCAACAAGUUCACAUGCAGGGGAUUCCACCGCCUGAAUGGUGGGACAAAUGGGACAAGAGCUCAAAAUGGUUUGAUAGUAAAGGUCAGGCGCUCAGUAACGAGCGGGAUAUCUGGUCAUGGGACAGGCGAUUCACCCAAUGGAUACAAGAGCCGAGAAAAUCGGAGGGCAUGGAAACCCUCAACUCGGAGGAGGCGGCUGCGCUAUUGGACAUAUUAAGACGAAUGCUUGCAUGGAAGCCUAAGAAUCGACCUCAGGCGCAGCAAAUUUUGGAAUCGGGAUGGGUGAAGGAUUGGGCUUUGCCAGCCUACAACAAGACCAAGAAGUCGUGA